CGGCACUUCCGCCGGGUAGGUCACGUGCCCCGUUUCGUAAUGGCGGCUCCCGAGUGAGGGACAUGCGUGGAGUGGGGCCGAUAAUCUACGUGACGCAGUUCUGGCCUGCUUAUUCGUGCUGCAAGAGUUUCUUCUGAAAUUGUUUUCUUUGAACACCUCAUUGUAAAGCGGUAAACGGCAAAAUGAAUAGGAAAUGGAAUUGUUUUAUAGGGACAAUGAAAUGGUUGCAAGCAUGUCACUAUGCUCCAAGUCCUAUUUCUAGAACUACAAUGCAAAUGUUUGCAUUAGGGAUGAACGGACAUACAAGUGCUGUAGAAAGUAUUUACCUGAGGCAAUUCCUACAGUAUGUUUCUCCACGCCGGUUUCAGUCAUCUGUUCGGUUUUUCUCUGAAGAUACUCUCACUAUUAAUGUAGAGGGCGCCAAUGCAAAUGAACAGAAAACUACUCAUUCCCUAUUGGAGCAUGUGCAGGUCCCUGAACCACUGCCUGUCAAACCCACCCAACCUCCAUCUGGUUUCUCAGUCUCUCCAAAAGAAGUCAGAAGUGCCAUUGAAGACAUGGAUGGAAGGAGCACAUCCCAACUGUUCUUUGAUGACCUUCGAAAGUGUGUAUCUCCCUGUGAUGUACUAGACCUUGUUGCAAAAUGUCCGGUCUCUCUGAAAUAUGUCAGUAACUGUCUUAGCACUAUGUGGGUGCUCUUUAAAAAAUUCUCAGAAGACCAGAAACAUUAUGAGAGACGGCUGAUGCUUGAGCACCCUCAAUUUAGCCAGCUGUGCCAGUGUCUGAUGAACGAGGCCAAGUACAUGUGGCGUGAUGACCUGGCAUACAGCAUGCUGGCUGUGGUGAAACUAGGAGUCCCGCAGAACACCCGGGUGGUCCAGACCUUGCUGAGGGUUUGCCAGGAACGUCUCAAUGAAUUUGAUGACCGAAGUCUCUCAGUUAUUGCAGCCACUUUGCAAGUAAUGGAAAAGUGCAAGAAUGUGGAAGCUCUUCAAGUUGGAUUGCAGUUACUGGUGGAGCAGCGAGUUCCAAAAAUCACAGAUAUUUUUAUGUUGCAAACCAUGAUGAAGUGUAUUGGGAAGGAUGCACCACUCAUGCUUAAGACAAAGUUGGAGAAGAAGAUUUUGAGUCAGAUGGACCACUUUACUCAACCAAAUGCUCAUCAUAUGUUCAGUGUGCUAGCUGAAAUGAAUCACCGCUCUAUUCCAAUCCUGAAUUCCUGUAGUAACAAACUAAUAGAGAACAUCGAGGGAAUUCCGUUUUGGCGGCUGCUGAGUGUUUUGAGAUCCUGCAAAGACCUCAUGUACUACAACACUACCCUUUAUUCUACAAUAGCAGAUUAUGCAGCAUCAACCUUCUAUAUGUGGGACACAAAGCAGGUAAUCCUAUUUGUUUCGGCCUUUGAGAAUCUUGGCUUUCGACCAGUCGAUCUGAUGGAUAAACUUGGUAGGAAAGUGAUAUCUUGUCCUGAAUCUUUGAAUAUGAAGGAUCUUAUGUAUGUUCUACGAUCCUAUUGUCAUCUCAAUCACAUCCCCGGAGGCCAAAAUCAAGAAUUCCUUGAGGCUCUGAAUAGUGUCUUGAAUAAGUAUCUCCCCAGUAUCUCUAAAGUGAACUUGCUAAAGGCUGUAUAUUCAUUCUGCAUUUUGGGUUAUCUUCCCCAACCUGCACUUAAUCAACUACUGCAAGAUGAAAUCCUCCAUGAUGUGGUAACAUCAGAUGGUCAGAAUAUAGAGCAAAAUGAAAUGAUGUUGCGAACUAUAAAUGUUUGUCUAGCACUUGAUGGAAAUUCUUUCAUUAAGUCAGCAUCCUUACCAGUAGAGAAACUACCUCCGGCCUCUGCUUUUAAUUUUCCUGAUGUUCAGGAGGUGCUGCUUACGCUUUUGGGAGAUGGAAGUCUGUUUCAACCAAAUGUACAGGUGACUCACGGCUACAACAUAGAUUUUAAAAUCUUAAUGGAUGCAAACAGAAGAACAGUGAUGUCAGACACUGAAGCAAAUCAAUUAGCAGAUGAUUCUAAAAUCCAAAGGAUAGCUGUGCUGUGUGUGCCUGGGUCUGCCUUUUGCAUUGAUUCAAGCCAUCCCCGAGGCAGGCUGGCAAUGAAGAUGAGACAUCUACAUCUUCAGGGCUAUCAUGUGAUCCCGGUUAAUUACCAGAAAUUCCAAAAACUGAAGAAAGAAGAAGCGCUUGAUUUCUUGAAGGGUGAAAUAUUUUCAGCAGAUGCACAUCCAGAUUCAGAUUAGAGAUUACUAUUUAAUUUUCACUGCAGUCCUAUGCUCUUUUUCUGGGCGUAAGGCCCAUUGAACCUCUGAGUAGACAUGUAUAAAUUUGCAUUGAUAAUGAACCACAUUUCAACAUUUUUGUAUUUUAAGUAUCUCUGAAUAUGAUCCCUCAAUUGUCUUUCCUUCUUUGAGGGCCUUAAAAUCCUGUCUGUUGAUUCACAUUUGUUUUAGAACUGCGAAAGAAUGUACAUUUGUGGCUGUGGCAAUAUUUAUUAUACCAGUUUGGAGGCCAGCUGUUCAGCGAAGGAUGUUGAAUGUGUGUUUGAAAUAAACAAAAGAGAUCUAUGAUUUGCCUCU